AUUCUUACCUUGCUCAAUGAGUUACACGUAAAUUCCCUUCCUCAAAAAGUUGUCACCAUUUUUAUUUUUAGACAAAACCAAAUGUUGUCUUUUUUUCUUUGCUCAAUAACCACAACACAGCAGACUCUGCCAUGCUCUACUCAACCAACUACCGUUUGUUGUUUCUUUUGUUUCUCUUGUUCUUGAUUUCAGUUCCAUCUUUUCAACACAAAUGUUUAGCUUCAGCAGAGUCUUCAAUUCAUGGAAAGACCUUCAAGAGACCCGAUCCUUUACGACAUUUCAAAGACUACAAUGGAGAGUUCGAUGUUCGAAACAAACAUUACUUAGCUUCUGCGGCAUUUACAGGAGUUCAUGGAUAUGCAUUUGCUGGAGUUUGGUUGUUUUUUGGGGUGGCUUUGGGCAUUUUCAUGAUAGUUAGGUGUUUAUGUGGUGGGUCUCUUUCAUUACCAUGCUUGGAUCAUUACUAUCUCCACAUUUUCGUCCUCCUUCUCUUGCUCGCAUCUCUUGCCAUAGUUGCCUCAAGUUUUGUACUUGCCACAAGUCAAAAGACCAUAAGGAGGACAGAAAAACUGAAAGACACUGUGGUUGGCAUAGGAGAAGAAGCUCUUGGGGCCAUAAACAGAGUAAUGAGAACAACUAAACAGAUGCAGUAUCUUCUUCUUCCUUAUAAUCCACAAAUAUGCGCGAGUUUGAAUUCCACUACCGAUGAUCUCAGAACAAACUCGCGUGUGAUUCGUCGUUUUAUCGACAAAAGUGAACAAUCAUUCAACAAAGCCAUUGAUACUUUGCAUACAGCACAUAUAGUUGUUCUAACGGUCAACUUAGUAACACUAGUUGCAGCACUAGUUCUAAUGCUACUGCAUUGGCGUCCUGGAUUCAUAAUCCUAAUCCUAUGCCUUUGGAUCCUAACAAGCCUUUGCUGGUUCCUGACUGGUUUUGAUUAUUUCCUUCACACUUUUGCAAAUGAUGCAUGCUCUGCAUUUGAGGACUUUGAGAACAACCCACAGAACAGUAGUUUGGGUUCGAUGUUACCAUGCAUUAAUGACUCAUUCUCUGGAAAAUUGAUAGCUCAAAUUGGCAGCACAAUCCACACUUUCAUUGUUGAGUUGAAUUCUGACGUAUCACUCAUGUAUCAGCUGCUAGGAAUAGGUGAAGAAAAUGAAGAAUUAAUUGGACUCGUGAAAAUUUGUAACCCUUUCUCAGGGCCACCAAACUACAGCUACAGUCCACACAAUUGCCCUCGUGAUGCCAUUCGGAUUGGAGAUUUACCAAAAGUUCUUGUAAGGUUCACAUGCCACCAAGAUGAUACAAAAGAGGAAUGCAGAAGAAAUGGGAGAUUUCUUCCACAGACUUCAUACAACAUGGCUCAUGCAUAUAGUAGAUCAAUCCAAGACAUGCUUGAUAUAUAUCCAGACUUGCAAAAACUAUCAAAAUGUGCCAUUGUGAAGAACAAAGCUGCUGAAAUUGUGUCUCAUCAAUGCAAACCAAUAAGAAAAUCAACUAAAUUAUUGUGGGCAUCUAUGAUGUCUCUUUCCAUUAUUAUGGUAGUCUUGGUAUUCACCUGGGUGGUAGAGACUCUUCGAUGCUGGGAUAAACCCCUUUCUACGAAUACAUGUUUUAGGACUCAUACAUCUAGAUAGAAAAUUUUAUUUGUAAAGAAAUUUUAAGGCACAAAAUUAAAGGCAGCGAUAGUAAUUAGAUAAGGGUGUGAUACA